AUGGAUGAAAUUAAAACUAUAGUCAGUCACAAGAAAGGUAAAGUCGAUGUGACACCAAUCGCAACAUUCUAUCGAAAUGAAAUCAAAGAAUCAAUUACCAAAGGAAAUUUAAAACCAAGAAUAGUAGCAUUUUUAACAACAAAUGAUGAAGGAGCAUUAGAUUAUUCAAAGUGGACAAAGAUUGCAUGUAACAAGGACGGCAUUGAAUUCAUUUUAAAGAGAGUUGAAAGAGUGGAUUUGGAAGAUGAAAUAUUGGAAGCAAACAAGGAUAACAAUGUUCAUGGUAUCAUGGUAUACUAUCCUGUGUUUGGUGGAAUGAUGGACUCUUAUCUUCAAGAUGUUGUUAGUCCGGAAAAGGAUGUAGAGGGUCUAUCGACUAUUAAUCGAUUCAACCUCUACCACAAUAUUCGUUAUAUGGAUGCUGCACAGACCAAAAAGUGUGUCAUUCCAUGCACUCCUCUGGCCAUGGUCAAGAUUGUCGAUGAAUUGGGUAUCUAUGACAAAUCGUUGGCAUUGGGUGAACACCUCAAAGGCAAGACCAUCACCAUUGUCAAUCGCAGUGAAAUUGUCGGUCGUCCAUUGGCUGCCAUGCUCGCCAACGACGGUGCUUUUGUAUACUCGGUCGAUCUAAAUGGAAUCAUUGUAUUCCAACCUGGAAAGAGAUUUGGUACCAUUAAAAUGUCAGAAACUACCAUCACUAGAGAUGAAGCUAUUUCAAAAAGUGAUAUUUUAAUUUUAGGUGUUCCAUCUCCAAAGUUUAAGAUUGAAUCAAAUCUUAUAAAAGAUGGAACUAUAGUUAUUAAUUUUGCUGGAUGUUUAAAUGUAGAUGAAUCUAUUGAAAGUAGAUGUGUCCUAGUUCCAACUAUUGGUAAAGUUACCAUUGCAAUGUUGGAAAGAAAUCUUAUGAGAUUAUAUCAUAACAAGGUUACCCAUUCUUCCUCUUCCUCCACAUCUUCAUCUUGA